AUGAGCAGCGCCAUGGUUAGAACUACCAUCCGCAAUGUCCUUGCCGCUCUGGACUUCCUCCACACAGAGGCACAUGUUAUACGUACCGAUCUACAACCAAAUAAUAUUCUCCUCGGCAUUAAAGAUAACUCAGUAUUAUCCAAAUUUGAACAGGCUGAAGUCGACAUGCCUGUGCCGCGAAAGACUCUCGAAAAUCGCACUACCUACUUCUCACGACCCCUCUCUGUCUCUUAUGGAACUCCCAUUCUCUGUGAUUUAGGCGAGGCUCGAUUAGGCACCAAUAACCAGAAGGGCGACAGCAUGCCAGAUAUCUAUCGGGCACCGGAGGUUAUUUUAAAUAUGAAUUGGGACCACAAAGUUGACAUCUGGAGUGUUGGCAUGUUGAUUUGGGAUCUUUUCGAGCAUCGCCACCUUUUCAGGGCUCAAAAUCCCGCACGCGAACUUCAUGAUGGCUAUCAUCUUGCUGAAAUGCAAGCAGUCCUAGGAAGCCCUCCUCUCAAACUCCUCGGUCAGAGCGAAAGGAGCCACCACUUUUGGGAUGAAUAA